ACAGUGUAAUUAAUCUAUAUAGCAGUAGAUUUUAGUAAGAAACUCGGCUAUUCGGCAAAAGGUAUUGUGCCUAUUGGGGCAUGGGCCGCUGGGAAUUGCCCGUUCAGAACUAUAUCAAAUCAGGAGGGGCUUUGAAGAACCAUUCACAGCAUUGGCUGUGCUCAUAAAAUCAGGCAGCUGCUCGAAUCAAUUACAUGCGUAGAACCCCAUAAUGGCUCCGCUAUAAAAGGAGAAAAACCCAUCGGUGUUUGGUUUUUUUCAAGGGCAACCGACGGAGCGUUAACAUGUCCAGAACCAAGCCGCAUGCCAUGCUCGUGUUGCUGGCUGCAGUAGCUGCUGUAGACACAGAAGUUACAUAUCUCUUUCAUCAAUGGAAGGUGUCCACGGCACCACCACAGACCAUCACGUGGACACCACAAGCGAUUUUGCAGCCGCAAAUUUCAGCACGAAACAAACAAACGACGAUACAGACAAUACCCCCAACGCCAGAAAAUCAGGAACCAUCAACGACAGAAUACCUGCCUGAAACAACUAUCUCGCCGGCAAAAACGGUGCUGACGACCGAAACCACCAAAUUAAUAGAUCUGGCCACACUUGAACCCAAGGAGAAUGGCGGCUUUCCGUUUGCGAAGCCGGGUAAGCACAAGCACGGCCUUCGGCAUGUCAAGGCACACGAUGGCUUCCACAAUCUGAAACGCGAGCCUCACUGGGCGCACUGGAAUGAUAAAUUCAAAAAGACAGCAAAGCCUGGCAAUAUCAAUUAGAAUUACAAUUAAUAAAAACACCCUGUAUACGGCUA